CUUUACAACGCCGGGUAUGAGUCUGGAUUGAGAUGCUUGAGCUGUCGCGUCUAUCCCAGUCAACAAUCAUCAAAGAAUGCCAGGUAUAUAGCUUUGGAGAAUCCUCACAACAGCAGUCAUCAGCUCCACAGCUCUGCAGCUUUGACAACAUCUGGGGAUCUACCCCACCUUGCUCCAUACUUUGUCACUGGUUCUGUGACAUAUCUUCUCUUCUUCGUCUUUUCUACUGCGGCCACCACCACAACUUCCUACAGUCCAGUACACCAUGGGUCUCAAACUCUUCGGCCUUGGAGGCGGUCUAGAGCCAACAAUCGAUGAGGUCCACGCGCAGCAAGGCCGUCGCCCAUCUGCCGCCGAAGCGAUCGCCGAGGAUAGACGCCGCAAGAGCGUCAGUAACCGUGAAGUUACUGGUGCCAGUCAAAUUACGACACGUCAAUCGAUCGUUCCAGUCACCUUGGUCACUAUCCUCUUUUUCCUCUGGGGUUUCGCCUACGGUCUACUUGAUGUCCUCAACUCGCGAUUUCAGGUUGCGUUGCAUAUCACUCAGGGAGAGUCAUCAGGUCUUCAAGCUGCUUAUUUUGGUGCCUAUUUCAUCGGCCCGUUGACCUAUUCAGGGUGGUUCCUUCGCCGAUUCGGGUACCGGUACACAUUUAUGCUCGGUCUGAGUAUCUAUUGCGUAGGCGCCUUAAUGUUCUGGCCAUCUGCAGUCAAGCGCUCUUUUGGUGGCUUCUGCGGUGCCAUGUUCAUCGUCGGCUCCGGUCUUUCGACCCUCGAAACCUCCGCGAAUCCGUACAUUGCUGUUUGCGGUCCCCCUAAAUGGUCAGAGUUCCGUCUCGAACUUUCUCAGUCCUUCCAGGCUGUCGGAUCAGUUGUCGCGCCUGUCCUCGCCUCAUUCGUCAUUUUCAAGAACGUUGGUGAGAAUGGCGAGUCGCUGGAGAGUGUCCAGUGGGUGUAUCUCGGAAUCGCCUGUUUCGUUGGAUUGCUGGCCAUUGUCUUUUACUUUGCGCCGAUCCCUGAGGUUUCGGACGCCGAUAUGGCAGAUCAGGCCGAAAUGACUAGCGCAGCUACUGGCUACCAGGACAAGCCCCUCCGCAAGCAGUUCACCCUCUUCUGGGGCGUGGCCGCACAAUUCUCCUACGUCGGCGCCCAAGUCGGCAUAGCAGAAAUAGGUUAUUUCAUUAAUUACUAUACGCAAGCCCGGCCCGAUGAGACCACUCUCGCAGCGCAGCACCAAGGAGCAAACUUCUAUGCCAUCGCACAAGGCCUCUUCGCCAUCGGUCGAUUCUCAGCCGCUGGGCUGAUGUACUUCACGAAGCCGCGCUGGGUCCUUCUCCUCUACCAGUCUCUCAUCAUGGUCUUCAUUAUCGCAGCGAUUGCAGUCGACACCGGCCACGGCACGGCCGCUAACUGGGGAGGCCUCGCCAUGCUCAUGCUUGUCCUCUUCUUCGAGUCCUGCAUUUUCCCAACCAUCUUUACGCUCUCGCUGCGUGGCCUUGGCCGCCACACGAAGCGCGGCGCCUCGUUCCUCGUCGCCUCCAUCUGCGGCGGCGCUGUUGUGCCAGCUAUCCUCGGAAAUGUGGCGGACAAAGUAGGCACGAGGAAGGCUAUGGUAGUUCCACUCGCUUUCUUCAUCAUUGCAUGGAGUUUCCCCAUCUAUCUGAACAUGUACAAGGGCAAGGAGUUGGAUGCAUACCGCGAGUCGCACGUCGGGCUGGAGGAGGGCGCUGUGGAUCCCGAUUCAAAGAUCGCGCAUGAGAAGGAUAUUGAGGAUUCGCAGCUUGAGGUCAAGAAUUCUUAGAAGCUUUUUCGUACGAGGGCGGGGAUCAGGCAAAGGGUUGGGAAGGUGUGGAGGAUGAUACCUUGAGUCAUAUUUGAAACGUGUUUCUGCUUUUGAUGAUUUUGCGGUCUUUGGACUCCUGCGGCCGGAAGGAGUUCCUGUAUAUAACAGGCAC